GCCAAGCCACCGCCGACCAAGCUGCAGCUGUGAAAGUGCAGCGGAGAAUUUCUUCAUCUCCCAAUCUUUCAUGGCUUCGGAAUUUGAUUCGGUGCGACACUGGCGAGCCUGCGGGUCCACAAGCCUUAGCCUCCUCAUUGAUCGGCCUCUAUUUCUCUGCAUCCUGGUGUCCGCCAUGCCAUUAUUUCGCGCCGAUACUGGCACAAGCUUACAAGCAGAUUCGAGAUGCCCACGGUGCAAACUCUUUUGAAAUCGUGCUCAUUCCAUUGGAUACCGACGAGAACAUGUGGCAGCUCCACAUGGCAAAAAUGCCAUGGAUGUCCACCAGAAAGCGCGGUGGUGCUUUGGUUUUGCUUUGCUUUGCUGCUAAUUGCAUGGGCUGGUUGGGAAGCACUCCGCAACCGACCCGAAUGCGUGUGUGCCUUCGUGCCGAAGACGACACGCUCGAGCGCCUAAGCCGUGUGAGCCGUGUACCUUCCAAGCCACCUAGUCAAGAACCGCAAGAAGGCUCGUUGAUGGGUGCCGUGGGUGGAUCUGUGCUUGGUGGACUCUUGUUGGGCCCUUUUGGAGCAGUGUUCGGUGCAAGUCUAGGUUCUGACUUGGGCCGCCUGAACAGAGAUCAGGCUUCGGUGGAAGCGCUCGGCUUAGAUGCAGAUAUGGUCAAUCUGGCAAGGACCGUGGCAAAAAGUCUUGCAGAUGCCGUUGAAGACAAGAAACGUGUUAUAUCCGUGAAGGAUGACUUGGCCAUUAGAAUUGUGAAACUGGAGGGUGAUGUGGAGAAGCUUUCGGACGAAGCCAUGGCAGCAUUGCAAGCUGGGGAUGAAGAUGGAGCUCGUUCAAUCUUAGAAAAGAAGGUGCCACUUCAACAGCGGUUGACAACGUCAAAGGACGAGCUCAAAAAGGCCUUAGAGCGGGUCUCGGUGGUCUCUGCAGCUGUCCAAAGACUUGAAGGUGAAGCUCUCAAGGUGGCAUCAUUGCUAGAGCGAGCGCAAGCAGCUACUGGCUCAGAGCGCGCUGCCUUGGCCGACGAAGCCUCGGCCAUGACGGUCAAAGAUCCUCUCCUAGACAAGUUCGACAGACUGGAGAGGGUUGACCUGCUGACAGGCUACAGCGCGUGGCCCAACUGGACAGAAGCACUGGGCCUUUCGGAGGGGCAGACUGAGUUUCUCAGGUCCGUGCGGCGGUGGACCGGCAAAUGUCAAGUGCAGCAAGCUCGUCUCAGCCGGCACCCGGGCGAUUUGGCAAGCUUUAGCAUCCGGGUUUGCUCUUGGAACCUUCAUGGCUGUGCCAUUGACCCGGAAGACGACAUUCGACCAUGGCUGUUCUCGGCUGGCCAAGCUGACAUCUACAUCGUGGGUAUUCAGGAGCUCGUGGAACUUGGACCAAUGUCUGUGUUCCUGAAUACGGAUGGCCAUGAAGAGAGACAGUCUGAGUUGGAGCUUAAAAUUGAGGCGGCUCUCGCUGCGACUGGACUUCGCUAUUUGAAGAUAUGCAGCUUUGGCAUGGUGGGCCUGUCGCUCCUGGCCUACGCUUCCGAGAGUCUCCAAGAGCGCGUGGGUGAAAUCGACUGCGAUCGGGUGAAGACGGGAAUUGAGGGUCUGAGUGGGAAUAAGGGUGGCUUGUGCGUCCGGUUCCUGCUUGGGCCCAUGUCUUUGUGUUUUGCAAAUGUCCACCUGCCAUCUGGUACGGGCAAAGCUGACGAGCGGAAUGAACACCUCAACGAGGUGUUGUCCUACGCAUUUCAAGGGACUUCUCGAAACGGCUCUACGCGACCCUCCAAGAAUGGUUUUCAUCGAGCUUCUGUGUACACAGCUGCCGAGCACGAUUUGACAGUCGUCUUUGGCGACUUGAACUCGCGGCUCGCAGACCUCCCAAAUGAAGAUGGCUUCCCUAAAGGACCGCCAGAGGCAUGGCUGCUUUUCGAUGAGCUGCUGACCGGCAGAAUACGAUGUACCCGGUCAUUGGGAUUUCGCGAGGCGAGGACGAUUUGA